UGUUGAAUUAAUGCUAUACCUCAUUAACUAUAUAUGGUGCACGCGCAUUCCAUGCAUCAUGCAUGUUUAUUACUCGUCAUAUAUUAUAUACGAUGUAAACACAAAGUACAAUUGAUUAUAUUAUUGUUAAUUAUUUUUUUAAAAACGGAGAAGCAGAUGUAGUCGUUAAUUUUUGUUUUCUCCUAAUUAGGUUAUAAUAAUGGAUCACCGAGAGCUGUGGCCUUAUGGACUAAGAGUUCUGGUCAUCGAUGACGACUGUUCAUACUUGUCAGUCAUGGAAGAUUUACUUCUGAAGUGCAGCUACAAGGUUACAACGUAUAAGAACGUCAGAGAAGCUGUGCCUUUCAUAUUGGACAAUCCACAAAUAGUUGACCUAGUAAUCAGUGAUGCGUUCUUUCCUACCGAAGAUGGUUUGCUCAUUCUGCAAGAAGUAACCUCCAAGUUUGGCAUACCUACAGUGAUUAUGGCUUCAAGUGGAGACACAAAUACAGUGAUGAAAUAUGUUGCAAAUGGCGCUUUUGAUUUCCUGCUAAAACCUGUGAGGAUCGAAGAGCUGAGCAACAUUUGGCAGCACAUAUUCCGAAAGCAAAUGCAAGAUCACAAGAACAAUAACAUGGUUGGAAAUCUCGAAAAACCCGGUCAUCCUCCAUCAAUAUUAGCCAUGGCUCGUGCUACUCCGGCUACCACGAGAUCAACGGCCACCGAAGCUUCGCUAGCGCCUCUAGAAAAUGAGGUGAGAGAUGACAUGGUCAACUACAAUGGCGAGAUCACGGACAUACGAGACCUCGGAAAGUCCAGGCUGACCUGGACCACGCAGUUGCACCGUCAGUUCAUUGCAGCAGUGAACCACCUCGGAGAAGACAAGGCAGUUCCAAAGAAGAUACUAGGGAUAAUGAAGGUCAAACAUUUGACAAGAGAGCAAGUUGCCAGUCAUCUGCAGAAAUACAGGAUGCAACUGAAGAAAUCGAUUCCAACAACAAGCAAACACGGAGCGACUUUGUCAUCCACCGCUCUCGACAAAACACAAGACCACCCUUCAAGAUCGCAGUAUUUCAAUCAAGACGGAUGCAAGGAAAUCAUGGACUACUCUUUACCGAGAGAUGACCUCUCAAGUGGCUCAGAGUGCAUGCUUGAAGAACUGAACGAUUACUCAUCCGAAGGUUUCCAAGAUUUCCGAUGGGAUUCAGACAAACAGGAAUAUGGACCAUGUUUUUGGAAUUUCUAGGUAGAGAAUAUAAUGAUCCCAUCAUGUCUCAUGAUCCACAUCCAUAUGUUGAUACCUGCAAUUGACUUUCUGAAUAAGUGAACAUUACCACAUCCAUAUAUACUCUUGAUGUUCAUUGCAGAACUAAACUGACAACAUACUGUACAUAGGUUGUCUACUCUAUCUAGAUG